GGACUCCCUAGGCCUGGGGUCGGGAGCGCGCACGCCGUGCGUCCCAGAGCUCGCUCUGGAUUCUCGCCUGGUACCGCAGGGAAAGGCCAACGGUUUGGUCCGCCAUGUUCUUCUCCGCGGCGCUCCGGGCCAAGGCGGCCGGUCUCACGGCCCAGUGGGGGAGACAUAUAAGGAAUUUACAUAAGACAGCUGUACAAAAUGGAGCUGGAGGAGCCUUAUUUGUGCACAGAGAUACUCCUGAGAAUAACCCAGAUACUCCAUUUGAUUUCACGCCAGAAAACUAUAAGAGGAUAGAGGCAAUUGUAAAAAACUAUCCAGAAGGACAUAAAGCAGCAGCUGUGCUCCCAGUCCUGGAUUUAGCCCAAAGACAGAAUGGAUGGCUGCCCAUCUCAGCUAUGAACAAGGUUGCAGAAGUUUUACAAGUACCUCCAAUGAGAGUAUAUGAAGUAGCAACUUUUUAUACAAUGUAUAAUCGAAAGCCAGUUGGAAAGUAUCACAUUCAGGUCUGCACUACUACACCUUGCAUGCUUCGAAACUCUGACAGCAUACUGGAGGCCAUUCAGAAAAAACUUGGAAUAAAAGUUGGGGAGACUACACCUGAUAAACUUUUUACUCUUAUAGAGGUGGAAUGUUUAGGGGCCUGUGUAAAUGCACCAAUGGUUCAAAUAAAUGACAACUACUAUGAGGAUCUGACACCUAAGGAUAUCGAAGAAAUUAUUGAUGAGCUUAAAGCUGGCAAAGUUCCAAAACCUGGGCCAAGAUUCCUACCUAAGGACCUGUUCCUGUUCUCUUUGUGGCUGUGGGUAGCCAUUCUGAUCUGGAACCUGUUUUUGAAAAGAGUGGACGCUUCUCUUGUGAGCCAGCUGGAGGUCUUACCUCUUUGACUGAACCACCCAAAGGACCUGGCUUUGGUGUGCAAGCAGGACUUUAAUUUAUAUUCAGCUGUAAAUAUUGUCACUGGAGAAAUAAAAAGGAAUCUCCUAUCUA